UGCCUCCGGACAAAAUCACCGGGUUAGAAUAUCGGUGUGAACGAUAAAUAAAUUAUCAAGUAACACUAAUUGUUGAGACAAUCGCUGUGACAGUUCCGUAAGGCGGAAAUGGGAAACGCCAACUCCGCGCAACCUGCUAAGACUCAGAAAGAUCGGAAGGAAAGUCAGGGCAAGUAAGAUAAUUUCUACUUUAUGACGGAGUAGCACCCGAUUUCGCGUAACUCCACAUUUUUUUAUUCUCGAUUCAUUCCUAGGGCAACUUUGCUCGAGCUAAUUUACUUCAAUCAUUUUGAAUUUUGAAUGUCAACAGCGAAGGAAAACAACAAACUUUCUUGCGAACUAUGCCUACUUUUUGUUGAAUUUUGUUAAUCCUUUCUUUUCUGAAUUCAUAUACAAUUUUUAAAGAAAAAAUACCUAAUAAUUAUUUGCAUAGAUGUAAAAAAAACACGAAAAUUGUUUGCUUCUGACGUUGUAAUACAGAAUGUAGGCAUCGAAAUCUAUCGACAAGAUCGAUGGGGCAUGCAAAAACGUACUUUGCAGUUUCGCCUUUCACGUAGCACAGAUACCGGAAAAGGUAGACAACCCGCGAGUGGAAGCGGCAAACCGAUCAGUCAGAGUUCACAGGGCCAACGGGACGGGCAUAAUGUCCGACCUCGAGCGACGAAUCCUUUCAUCAUUUUCUUUCUGCGACUUCGGAGCAAAAAGCCGAACGAACAUGUCACCGUGAUAGCGCGAGCCGCGGGCAAACUGUGGGCGCGGAUGACGCCCGAACAGAGGAAAAAGUAUAUAGAUCUCGCAAAUGAGGAGAAGAAACGGCGCCAGGAGAGAAAAAGGAAGAGAAAACGUUCCAUGCAUUCAAGGAUGAAGUAACAAAGCUUGUGGGAGAAGCUGUCUCACGCAGGAGGGUGGUCUUAUACGCUACACAUGGUCGUCGCAUACGUGGCACCUGGUUAAAAACACGAUCACGUAUUUUUGAUUUCUUUUUUAUUUGUUAGUAGUCUUUUUUAGAUCUAUGUACAAUAAAUAUUGAUGUAUUUUUAUACAUUAUUAAUUAUCUUAUCAUUCAAUUACUCUAACCUAGGCGAUCCGCCAAUUUUUCGUUUUUUUUUUUCGUUCUUUCGUCUGAAAAAAUUAAACUCGUAACGUUUCGUACCAUAAAUAUAUUAUUUUUUUGUCGUUACGACCGUUCCGCGAAGCGUCGCCCACAACGAGGGAGGGAAAUUACGCGGUUCAAGGUAAUGUGUUCGGGACAACACGUUUACGCCACCGUUGUUCCUUUCCUUCCUUCACUUCGCGAAGGGGAAAAAUCGACGUACGCGCACGCUUCCUCUCGUGAUUUCGAUACAAAAAAUAAUUUCGGCACGAGUUUCGCGACGCUUCGUGGAAGAGCCUAAUUACGCGCUCCGUUAUUCUUUCCGUAACUAGAGCUACCUUCUCGCGAUAUUAGAUAAUAAAAACAUACAAUAAUGAAUACCGAAUGAACGUGUGACAUGUAUGUGACAAUUAAAAUAUAGCGUAUGAUUACAUUUUCUGUGUGAAAGUACGUGAGUAUGUGUGUAUGUUGUUUUGUGUUCGUUUCAUCAUUUGUCACAAUAGUUAAUGAUUAUUAAUGAUAAUAAUAACAAUGGAUAAAAAUCAUGUAAACGAUGGCGCUGACAAUCGAGAUUGACAAUUUUACACUGGUGAGACGAUGUCGGCGACAAGUAAUCGACUUUUCGUAAUAAUACAAUGAGGAUUAUCAUAGCGUUACGCACAGUUAUUUUUUUCUUUUUUAUGAUACAGUAAAGUACAAGUGUGCCAACUUAAACAACAAUGUUCAACAAUUGAUAAUAUCAAACAGAAUAUUAUUCGUAAAUAUAUUUAUAUAUAUUUAUAUAUAUAAAUACAUAAAACGUAACACUGCUGCGGUUUCACGAAGGAAUGCCCUACUAAAAAUAGGUGUCCGCAUUUUUUUUUCUCUCACCCUCCCCCUUUUUUUUCCUUCUUUCUUUCAAAUUAGCGAUUUUCAUGCGCGCUACCUUGGCCGAUCGAACGUUAACGUCCAAGGUAUCUUCUCCCUUCCUUCUUUCCUUUUCCUUCUACUUUAAACGCACAAGUAUACAAACUCGUGCCUCCGAAGAAUCACCAAUCGAUAACUAUGAUUAAA